GCUUUCUGCUUUGGAUUUUGCAAAAUGAAUAUUGCAUUGUUUCACAAAGGUUGGACCCUCCAGUAGAAUCUGUCAAGAUCAGUGCACGUAAAUCCAACAGCUUAUUUUUCUUGAAGACUUCUGCACAGCUUUUAAAGUUUUCAUCACAAUGAAUUCGGGCUUAUGGAGUCAAGAAAAAGCAAGUUCAUCCUAUUGGGAAGAGCGCAUCUUUUACUUGCUUCUCCAAGAAUGCAGUGUCAUAGACAAGCAGACUCAAAAGCUCUUGAAAGUCCCCAAAGGUAGCAUUGGGCAGUUUUUUCAAGACCGUUCUUCUGUGGGACACUCCAGAAAUAUUCCUUGUAAAGGCAAGAAGCUGCAGAUUGGAUUAAAGAUUCUGGAACAACCUCAUGCCAUCCUGUUUGUGGAUGAGAAGGAUGUUAUAGAAAUAAAUGAAAAACUAGCUGAGUUGCUAUUGGCCAUUACUAACUGUGAGGAGAGAUACAGUCUGUUUAAAAGCAAAAGCAGGUUAACUAAAGGCGUCCAAAUAGAUAUUGGCUCACCUGUUAGAGUACAGCUGAGAUCAGGAGAUGAUAAAUUUCCUGGAGUUGUUCGCUUCAGGGGACCCUUAUUGCAAGAAAGGUCCCUAACAGGGAUAUACUUUGGAGUAGAGUUGCUGGAAGAAGGUCGCGGUCAGGGCUUUACAGAUGGACAGUACCAAGGCAAGCAGCUUUUCAGAUGCGACGAGGAUUGUGGGGUUUUUGUUGCUUUGGACAAACUGGAGCUGGUGGAAGAUGAUGACAAUGAACUGGAAAGUGACUAUGCAGCUCCAGUUGACGCAAUGCAGGUAGAACUUCCUCCUCUGGAGAUCAACUCCAGGGUUUCUCUGAAGAUAGGAGAGAGUAUAGAGUAUGGGACAGUUAUAUUCUGUGAUGUCUUACCAGGAAACGAAAGUUUAGGAUACGUUGUUGGAGUGGACAUGGAUAAUCCUAUUGGAAACUGGGAUGGAAGAUAUAAUGGAAUACAGCUGUGCAGUUUUGCAAGUGUUGAAAGUACACUGCUUUUGCAUAUCAAUGAUGUUAUUCCAGAGACUGUGUCCCAGGACAGGAGACCUCCCAAGCUUGCCUACACCUCGAGAGGUGGUGGGGACAAGAGCUUGUUCAAUCACAGUAAGCCAAAGGCUACAGGAUCUACCUCUGAACCUGGAAAUAGAAACAGAUCUGAAGUCUUCUACACAUUAAAUGGCUCAUCAGUUGACUCUCAGCCCCAAACGAAAACAAAACCCCCGUGGUAUAUUGAUGAAGUUGCUGAAGAUCCUGCAAAAUCUCUUACUGACUCAUCUCCUGGAUUUGGGCAUUCUUCACCACCUUUAACAAACUCUGUGUCUACAGAAAACAGAUUUCACUCCCUCCCUUUUAGCUUGACGAAAGCGUCGACUACUAACGGUACCAUUGGGCACAGCCCUCUCUCCCUGUCCGUUCAGUCGGUCAUUGGGGACGUCAAUGCUGCCCCCAGCCAGGAGAGCCCAGCAGCCGCAGGGCCCGUGGGGAACUCGCACGGUCUGGAAGCAGGUUCCUUGGCUGAAGUUAAAGAAAAUCCUCCCUUCUAUGGAGUAAUCCGCUGGAUUGGGCAGCCCCCUGGAGUAAAUGAAGUAUUAGCUGGACUGGAACUGGAAGAUGAAUGUGCAGGUUGUACAGAUGGAACAUUUAAAGGAACUCGCUACUUCACUUGUGCUCCAAAGAAAGCUCUUUUUGUGAAACUCAAAAGCUGCAGGCCCGAUUCCAGGUUUGCCUCCCUACAGCCCGUUUCCAACCAGAUUGAACGCUGCAACUCUCUAGCGUUUGGAGGUUACUUAAGUGAAGUGGUAGAAGAAAACACUCCUCCAAAAAUGGAAAAAGAAGGUUUAGAGACAAUGAUUGGAAAGAAGAAAGGUAUCCAGGGUCAUUACAACUCCUGUUACUUAGACUCCACCUUAUUCUGCCUGUUUUCUUUUAGCUCUGUUUUGGACACUGUGUUACUCAGACCUAAAGAAAAGAAUGAUGUAGAGUAUUAUAGUGAGACCCAAGAGCUGUUGCGGACAGAGAUUGUGAAUCCUCUGAGAAUCAUUGGUAUUUCUGUGGUUUUGAUGCUGCUGCUCUUGACAAGAAGAUACGGAUAUGUAUGUGCUACAAAGAUAAUGAAACUGAGGAAAAUACUUGAAAAAGUUGAGGCUGCAUCAGGAUUCACCUCAGAGGAAAAAGAUCCAGAGGAAUUUUUGAACAUUUUAUUUCACCAUAUUCUAAGAGUCGAGCCACUGUUAAAAAUAAGAUCAGCAGGUCAGAAAGUACAAGACUGUUACUUCUAUCAAAUUUUUAUGGACAAAAAUGAGAAAGUUGGAGUCCCGACAAUUCAGCAGUUACUAGAGUGGUCAUUCAUCAACAGCAACUUGAAGUUUGCAGAGGCACCCUCUUGCCUGAUUAUCCAGAUGCCGCGGUUUGGAAAAGACUUCAAAAUGUUCAACAAAAUUUUUCCAUCCUUGGAAUUAAACAUAACAGACUUACUUGAAGAUACUCCCAGGCAGUGCCGUAUCUGUGGAGGGCUGGCUAUGUACGAGUGCAGAGAAUGUUAUGAAGAUACUGAGAUUUCUGCUGGGAAAAUCAAGCAGUUCUGCAAAACAUGCAAUACACAAGUUCAUCUUCAUCCCAAGAGACAGAGUCAUAAAUUCAAUCCAUUGUCCCUACCGAAAGAUCUCCCCGACUGGGACUGGCGGCACGGCUGCAUCCCGCACCAGAAGAUGGAGUUGUUUGCUGUUCUCUGCAUAGAAACCAGCCACUAUGUAGCUUUUGUGAAAUAUGGGAGGGAUGACUCCGCCUGGCUUUUCUUCGACAGCAUGGCAGAUCGGGAUGGAGGUCAGAAUGGCUUUAACAUUCCACAAGUUACCCCCUGUCCAGAAGUUGGUGAAUACCUGAAGAUGUCUCUAGAAGAAUUACACUCGCUGGAUUCCAGAAAAAUCCAAGGUUGCGCGCGAAGACUCCUUUGUGAUGCUUACAUGUGCAUGUACCAGAGCCCAACGAUGAGCUUAUACAAAUGAACAGUGUCCUCUGGAAAACUGAAGAAACAGGAUAGAGUUACUGACUAUUGCAUUUGCUGCGUUUUUUGGUUAGUUUUAAUGCAACCGUUGCUGGCAAUGGAUGCGAUGACGAGGAGGAAGUUGACUCUGAGAGCAAAAGGAUUAUGUUCCAAAAACUACACGUGGAGUUGUUAAUUGAAGUAUUUAAGCAUUUUGCACUCUAGGAAGUGUGCUUGUGUGUGUUUGUUUUAUAAACAAAGUCUAAGUGAAGUUACUAAAACUUAAAGCUUUAAGUGCAUUGAUUAUACACAGGCUUUUUUGAAAUGUCAAAGGUGGAAUUCUAUCAGGAGAAAGAAACCUCCUUAGUCCAUUGAGAAUGUAAAGAUAGGGAGUAUUCUUGCUCAGUGCAUUUCUAUAGACCAAGGAUGAUGAUUCUCUUGUGUUUCUCUGCCCUCCCCUCCCACCACUUCUCCCCACCCCUGAUCUUUUUAGCACCAUAGAUUCUCUCGAGACAAUAACCUCAGUUUCAGUAAGAUAAAUUUCAGACUGUUCAUUGCAUAUUAAUUCUGUUCUGUUAUCUGUCUACUACAUUCUUUUCAGUUCACACAUUUGCAUCUUCAAAAAUUAAUGUUCAUUUAAAGAUCUGAAUUCCUAUCUUGUGAAAAUCAAGCACACAGAUUUGCUAUCUGUUAACUUGCAAUUUUUGGAGGGGGAAAAGAGGAGAAGAGGGUAUUAAGGGGAAGCAUAAUUGCUGAAAUAUAAAAUUAGCAAUGAAAGUUAACAGAUGUCUUUUUCUAAGUGUCUAUUUUUAAAGAAACAAAGCAGUCUGGAACAGAACAGCAACUAUAUACAAAUGAUUCGAGGACAAAACAAUAAAAGAGUGGAUUGCCUCAGGGAAUGUUACUGGAGUGGAUACUGGUCCUUGGUAAAACAAAACUGACUUUUCUACAGUAUGUUAAGCUACUACCUGGGAAUCUGUUGUACAUCUGCCUCUUCAUUUCAGGAUUACUAAUGAAUAUUAAAAAUCUCUGCCUGGAAAGAGGAAACUAUAAAUAAAAGUAGAUCAUCAGAGUUUUACUGAAUACCAAGUACCUAAUCAAACCUGACUUGAAAAGCUGCAAAACCUGUGUUGAUGUAAAAUACUAUACUUUGAAGUCUGUUGGCUCCUGUUUGCAAUGAAAUACUGUUGUUUAGUUGCUUUUUAGCUACUUCUGUCCACACUGACUAGCAAACAUGCAACUCUAUAUAUACAGUAAAAUCUGGUUGUACAAAUUGCAUAUAUGUGAGCUGUACGUUUUCAACUCUUAAGAUGCUUUAUAUGGAAAACUUCCUUUUUGGGAUGAAGUCUAUAGGAGGAGAGGUCACAAAAUGCACCACAGGAAAAGGCACUUCGAAAAAGCCAGUGUUCUAACGGUAAUGGAGGCUGGUCCCGUGUUGUAGAAAAUGUGGUUACUUUGUUUUUCGGUACAACCUGAACUCUUUCUUUGGGACACACUCUGCCACAGAACAGUACGAGAGAGAAACUGGAAGAUUAUUCUCGAAGGACUAAUCUCUGUAAAGUGAGGGGUGCUGGGAGAGUUACCUGCUCCAUUAGCUGCUGCAUGAAGUGUGCUCUAUUUUUUCACUCUCAAGAGAAAGGAAGUUAUUAAAAGCGUCACUGUUGCUUUUA